AACAGUUUUUCUGCUAUAUAUCAGUUCUUGCUUUUUCUUACACUUCUCUGAUACAGCACCAAAGCUUGAUGAGGAUCAAGACAGAGAUAUUGAUGAGCCCUAUUAGGGUUAGUCUUAGUUUCACGUUCCUCCUUUUCACCACAGCAAGUGGUCAACCACCGAUUUACAUGUACAAUUUUUGUGAGAACUCAACUCUCGUUAGCUCUUCAUACAGAAGCAACGUUGAAAGCCUUCUCUCAUGGGUAACCACAGACUCAUUCAAAAGCGAUGGAUACAACUUCACCACCGUAAAUAGCAACAGCCACAACAAUGAUGAUGAUGUCUAUGGGUUGUACAGCUGCAGAUACGACAUGACAGGGUAUUUUUGCCAGUUCUGCAUCACCACUGCUGCCAGUGAACUCUCUCGGAGGUGUCCCAACGCUGUAAGAGCUAUCAUAUGGUAUGAUAUAUGCAUCAUCCGUUACUCAAACCAAAGUUUCAAUGCCAAAGUUAGUUUAACCCCAACAUGGAAUAUUACAGGACCCAGAAUAAUCAAGGAUUCAUCCGAAUCUAGGAAAGCUGUGGAUUCUAUGAAUGAUUUGAUAUGGAAAGCAACGGUAGAGACGAAGAAGUUUUGGGCAGUGGAAGAGUUUGAUUGGGUUGAGAAUGAAAAAAGAUAUGGUUGGGUGCAGUGUGAUAGGGAUAUUAAAAAUGAUGAAUGUGGUGAUUGUCUGCAUGCAUUGUUAGAUAUAUUUCCAGACUGUUGUUCAACACAUGCACAGUGGGCAAUUUUUGGUCCAAGUUGUGGCAUCAGGAUGGAUGAUGAGAAGUUCUACCAGACUUCAGGCAAUGGAGGUUCUACUAAGUCAAGAAAGUUGAUCAUUUCCUUUAGUGUGUUGGGGUCUGUAGUUCUACUAUGCUUCAGUGUCUACUGUUUCUGGUACAGGAAAAGAGUAAGAAGAGAUAAGAUGAUGUUUGAUGAGGAAAAAUUGAAUGGAGAUCUGCCUAUAAUCCCAUUAAUCGCAGUUCUGCAUAGUACUAAUAACUUUUCAGAAGAAUCUAAAUUAGGGGAAGGUGGAUUUGGCCCUGUAUACAAGGGAAUUCUACCAGAUGGAAGGCAAAUUGCAGUGAAAAGGCUCUCAAAAUUUUCUGGUCAGGGCUCACAGGAGUUCAAGAAUGAAGUAAUGUUUAUAGCCAAAUUGCAACAUCGUAACCUCGUGAGACUUUUGGGAUGCUGCUUAGAGGAAAAUGAGAAUAUACUUGUAUAUGAGUAUAUGUGUAAUGCAAGCCUUGAUUCUCAUCUCUUUGGUGGCAUAGAGAAGAGAAAGCAACUUGAUUGGAAACUAAGAUUAAGCAUUAUCAAUGGAAUAGCAAAAGGUAUUUUAUAUCUUCAUGAAGACUCUCGACUCAAAGUAAUUCACAGAGAUCUCAAAGGUAGUAAUGUUCUAUUAGACCAUGAGAUGAAUCCCAAAAUAUCAGAUUUUGGAUUGGCCAGGGCCUUUGAAAUAGGACAGAACCAAGCAAAUACAAAACGAGUAGUGGGCACCUAUGGAUACAUGGCUCCAGAGUAUGCCAUGGAAGGAUUAUUUUCCGUGAAAUCUGAUGUUUUCAGCUUUGGAGUUAUUGUCCUAGAAAUCAUUUGUGGAAGAAAGAACAGUGGAUUCCAUCGAUCAGAACAUGGCCAAAGUCUUCUUUUAUAUGCUUGGAACAUAUGGUGUGAAGGAAGAUGUUUGGAAUUGAUGGAUCCAGCACUGAUAAAAUCCUUCAUAGCCAGUGAGGUUGUGAAGUGCAUACACGUUGGUUUGCUUUGUGUUCAACAAGAUGCAGCAGAUAGACCAACCAUGUCAACGGUUGUUCUGAUGCUAGGAAGUGACACAAUGACCCUUCCAAAACCCAAUCACCCUGCAUAUUCUGUUGGAAGAUUGACCUCUAAUGAUGCAUCAACUUCAAGAAGUUCCAAGAAUCUCUCUAUUAAUGAUGUAACAUUCUCAACCGUUUUAGCAAGAUAAUAGGGAAUAUUUUCCGUUAGUCAGGAGUAUGUAUUCAUUGUAUUUAAGACCAGAGCACUUAUCUUGAUGUUUUUAA